UUUCUAUCACGGCUGAUGUUGUUGUUGAUGUCUUUGGCUAUCAAGUGCGUAUGUCAAGAGACAAGAGGGGUACUGUGGAGGUGAAUGGAAUCACAAGAAACCUGCCUGUGGUCUUCAAUGGAGGUCUGUCUAUUUUUGGAAGUGGAUCCCAAACAUUUGUCAAAGGAAACUUUGGACUGAGCGUCAUGUAUGAUGGAAGUAGCACAGUGUCCAUUUCUGUGUCUCCAGAUUACAGAGGAAACAUGUGUGGGCUUUGUGGAGAUUUCAAUGGAAAUCCAAAUGAUGACUUCCACACCCCAACUGGAGAUUGGGUCAACACU